CCAUGGGAUAAUAGUGUCUAAAGAAUGCCAGGGCCAGUCGGGUCCGACGGCGCGAGCCAUUCCUUCAUAGGAUCCCUCAUUAAUCUCACAAGUCAUUGCGCCACUGUUGUUGCAGUCACCGCAGGCCUCACUGUCUACUCCGCCGGCUUCAUCGGCCUUAUCACAUCAGGCACCACCGUUUUCGGCGCCCCUGCGACCUUUGGCCUCGCGCUCGCGUCGCAACAUAUCCGCACCGGUGGCGUGCUUUAUCCUCAACUGAAGACAUUGCUAGACUACGCUCGCGUUACGCUUGUCGGCUCUGGUGUCCUGGGGGCAACUUACGGAUCCGUCGUCGGGUUCCUCACUGCUCUCGGGAUUGUUCUGGACUCCGAUCGGUUGCGCGCAUUUGUGGGUCCAGGUGAUGGUAGGAGCAGGGCACCCAACCUUCUCUCCCCGAAAGCUUUGCAUGCCAAACAGCUCAUUGUCGGGCUCAUCGCGCUGCCUCUAGGAGUCGUCAGUGUGAAGAGUUGGAGUGGUGAACGGCUCGUCCAGAGCGUGAUCUCUGAUGGCCUCCUUCAACCAGCGCUAUGUGCAGCAGUUGCCAACACUGCCGUUUACUUAGUAAUGCAGAAGCUUUUCUACAAGGGGGGCGCUGGGGAGGCUUCUGGCACCGCUUCUGGAGCGGUAGAAAAGAUUGGUGGUGUUUGACCGGCCACAGAUGACAAUAAAGGUUCUACUUCCUUGGCAUAUUCAGUAUGAGGCUGUGCUGACUUUGGGUUAGUUUAGCAUGUCCGUAGUCCUGUCGCAAUACAGAUGACGCCCUUACCCGAAACGCUUGUAUAGUGGCGGCAUGUUCUGCCACUCCAACUCCAGACAACUGGCGCGCGCUAGGGAAUCUACGCCGAAGCAGGUCAGUCUGCUGUGUUCUCAAUGAACUGAUGACACCGGGGUCAAUGGCGCAGGAACUCCUACAGGUUUCUGAACUUCCCUCUGAGAAUAUCAGGCACUGUAGAAAAGUCGAAAUAUAAGAGCCUGACCGCAGAAACAGACUUAUAUGGCCUGGGAAAGGGGAGUGUGCUCACUACCGUUUUCCGGGGUCCAAGGUCAACGACAACUGCAAUCCACGCUCAAAGCAUUAGUAAGCGGAGCAUGUCUUAGCCGGUAUCGAUACGCUUGAUUGAGACUGGUCGAGGAUUAGGGCAUGUGUGCCGCCAUCGCAUUCCCUCAAGUAACGCGUCGACUCGCCGGCUGAUACCCUGUUAAAGCCAAGUGAGGGCAGCCUCAUUGUGUUCAGCGACCCCCAGGGAUACAUUGUUCGCGACCAUGGCACCAACAAGGAAUGCAAGGCUUUUCUUUGGAGAGUUCCCCACGGACUACCCCGAGCCUGGGAAGACAACGGUGUACGAUGAAUCUCGGACUAUCGAUCUCGAGACGGUGGCGCUGGAAGGUGGUGUCCUUGUCAAGACUCUGGUUGUCGGGAUUGAUCCGUACCUCGUUGGUCGGAUGCAAGACCUGGGCAUUCCAGGUUUUGCUUUCUCUAAGGGCGAGUUAAUCUCUUAUUAUGGUGUAGGACUUAUUCUCCGGUCGGAGAAUCCUGCUGUCCAGCCUGGAGAACAUCUCUACGGAUUUAUUCCGUUCCAGGAGUAUAACGUAUUGCCAGCGAUUGACAAUUACAAGGUGCUGAAGAACGAAGAGAAGCUCCCGUGGUCCGUCUAUGUUGGCAUCUGUGGAAUGCCUGGACAAACAGGCUGGGUCGGCUGGAAGGAACAUGCGGCGCCGAAGGAAGGUGAUGUUGUCUUCGUGAGCUCGGGAGCGGGUCCCGUAGGGUCCAUGGUUAUCCAACUGGCAAAGCAGGCCGGUUGUAAAGUUAUUACCUGCGCGAGCUCGGAUGAGAAAGUUCGAGAGCUAACCGGGACUGUUGGAGCUGACGUCGCGUUCAACUACAAGACGACUAGCGUAUUUGAUGUGCUUGAGAAAGAGGGGCCCAUUAACAUCUACUGGGACAACGUCGGGGCUGACGCUCUAGAUGCUGCUUUACAGAACGCAGCGAAUGGAGCGCGCUUCAUUGAAUGCGGCAUGAUUGCGCAGCUCAGUGGGCCGGCUUACACGAUGAAGAACCUAUUCAUGAUAGUCAAGAAGGAGCUGAAGCUAUUUGGCUUCACUAUCAACACCCUUUUGCCCAAGUACUCUGAGGAAUUUUACCGAGAAGUCCCAAAGAAGGUCGCGAGCGGCGAAAUCAGGUACCUCGAGGACGCGAAGCAGGGGCUGAAGCAGGCAGGAGAUGCCAUUCGGGACGUCUGGCAGGGCAAGAACCGUGGGAAAAGCGUCGUGAUUGUUGGAGAAGAAUAAAGGCGUCAGAGAUCAAUUGAUCAUCAGCUGCCGUAUGUUUUUACAGGAUGCGUGUAUUUGUAUGGGCACCAGGAUAUUUUGCGAAGGGCGACGCAAGCGUAGUAGCGAGACCGAGAGUGCCGCACGUGAGCGUGGGAAAACCGG